GUGAAUAAUUGACGAGCUCCCUCCUCUUUCCGUCGCUCCGUCUUUGUGGGUUUUCCAGCCGUCACGUCCAGUUUCCACCUGCCGGAUGCUGACGACGGACGGAGCAGCUGCUGAGCCAUGAAGCCGUCGGUCUUUCUGCUGCUGCUGCUGUCUGAGGCGUCCUGCAGGUCUCACAGCUCCUGGUGUGAACUCGGCUGUGACUGUCAAAGAGAACCCAAGUUCACCAUCUGCUCUCGGGCUCAGCUGACCGAGCCGCCCAGCCGAGUCCCGAGCACCACGGAGCUGCUGGACCUGUCCGACAACCUCAUCUCCUCCAUCACCACCUCCUCCUUCAGCAGCAACAGAAAGCUGCGAGUGCUGCUGCUGCAGAGCAACAACAUCAGCCUGGUGGAGGACGGCAGCUUCUCCCAGCUGGAGUUCCUGCAGAAGCUGGACCUGAGCUGGAACCGGAUCUCCUCGCUGACUGAAGGCUUCUCCGUGGGCCUGGUCUUCCUGCGGGAGCUGCAGCUCUCCCACAACCGCCUGACCAGCCUGGACAGCCGCAGCUUCCUGCAUCUGGACGGCCUGCAGAGGCUGAACCUGAGCAGCAACAGCAUCCACAGCAUCCAGGUGAGGUCCUUCUCGCCCAUGAGCGCCCUGCGGCAGCUCCACCUGCAGGACAACCAGCUGGGCUCGCUGAAGAGCGGCAUCUUCUCCAUGCUGCGCUCGCUGGAGGUCCUCAAUCUGGCCGGGAACCGCAUCAGCGACACGGAGCUGGGCGUGUUCAAGCCGCUCACCAGCAUGACGCUGCUCAACCUGGCCGACAACCGCAUGUCUGCCGUCUACUUCAAGACCUUCCUGAGCAUCCACACCUACAGCACCCACAUCCUGCUGGAGGGGAACCCCUGGAACUGCGACUGCGACCUGCAGAGAGUCUUCAGGAAGCUGCGCAGCAUCCAGCGGCUCUUCCUGGACGACUACUACAACCUGACCUGCAAGACGCCGCCCGUCCUCCACGACUACCUGCUGAUGGACGUGGACACGGAGCUGUGCAUCGCCGAGACCGUCACCGUGCUCAUCAUCACCAUCACCGUGGUGAUCACCGUGCUGGCCGCCAUGCUGAUGGGCGAGAGGACGAGGAAGAAGAGGAAGAGGGGAUGCACUGGACGCAGCAGGGAGAUCUGUCAGACGAGUCGGACUACUGAGCUCCUUCAGUCCCACAUCAGCGUUUUUCUGCCUUCCUGGAAGAGAUUUCAGAUUCUGCAGUUUGUUUUGUUGGAUUCUUCUCAAACUGUGCAGGAAAUCACUCCAGAAGCACUUCAGAUGCAGCUUAUUCUGCCCGAACAUGAACUGGUAGAUGACACAGAAACAGAAAUCUGAAGCAAGACGUUUCAGUGUGUGGAAACAAAAAAAAGAGGGUUUUACAGUUUUUUAGACCACAUGAGACCAAGUCUAGAGCUUUAGUCACUUCAAAACUCAACAUACAUGUGUUUAAUCUGGAAUAUACGAACAAGAAGUUUUACUCCAUGUGUGGAAAGAAACAAUGCAAAACACAUUUAUUCCUUUUGUGUACAUGAAAACAAGGAUUUUACAACUUCUUCUUCAUGUGAACCAAAUGAAACCAGAUUACAAGUUUUACUCAGUGUGUGAAAACAGUAAAAAGGAGGAUUUUACAGGGUUUGUUUUUAGACCAAAUGAGACCAAGUCUAGGUCUUUAAUGACUGAACUUAAACUGGUCAAAUCAGGACUAGAAUGAACAUGAGCCUGUAAAUAGACUUUUUCUCCAUCUGGUCCAAAUGAAACCAGGUUUAGAUCCAAAAAUACUCCACUUAAAGUUGUUAAAUGUGGAUUAUAUGCAAGAAAAACCUCCAAUGCUUCACCUACUGUGUGAAAUCAAUCAGAAAAAAUUGGAUUUUACUGUUUUUUUCAUACCAUUUAAACCAAAUGAGACCAAGUCUAGAUCUUUAACCACUGAACUUAAACUGGUCAAAUCAGGACUAAAAUGAAAAUAAACCUGUAAAUGCUCUCUUUUUCUACAUCUGGACUAAAUGAAGCCAGGUUUAGAUCCAAAAAUACUCCACUUAAAGCUGUUAAAUGUGGAUUAUUUAAGCAAGAAAACUGUAAAAAGCUCUACUUGGUGUGUGGAAAUGUAGAAAAAUUAGUUUUUUAGUCCAUUUAGACCAAAAAAGAAGCCUCCCAGAUCAUAAAUUUCUCUAUUUAAGCUUCUCAAGUCAGGACUAAAAUAAAAACAAACCUGUAAAUUUGCUUUUUUACUCAAUCAGAUCCACAUGAAACCAGGUUUAUACCCAAAAACACUCAAUGUAGUGCUAUUUAAUCUGGACUGUUUGGACAAGACGGCUCCAGAAAUUGAUUAAAGCACAGCGUCAGUAUUUGCAAAAGCAAUUAUUAAUUUGUUUAAACAGUAGAAAAAUGUUUAUUUUACAGCUGUUUUCUUCAUCUAGACAGCAUGAAAGCAGGUUUAGAUCCAAAAAUCCUCCACAUACAGUAGUUAAAUGUGGAUUAUGUGAGCAAAAAAACGCCUAAAUAUACAGAAAAAUAGAUCAUUUAGCUCAAAAAUAGCAUUUUGUGGCUAAUUCUCCAUCUUGACCACAUGAAACCAGACUUAGAACCAAAAAUACUCCAUUUUAAGAUGCUAAAUGUGGAUUAUGUCAGCAAGAAAACUGCAAAAAAUCUUUAUUUGGGGUGUGGAAAUGGAGAAAAGCUGAGAUUUAAGACCAUUUACACCACAAAAGACAACUAAUAGAUCAUAAAUUCCAGUAUUUAAACGGCCAAAAUCAGGACAGGAAUGAAAAUAAGCCUGAAAAUUCACCUUUUUUUCUCUAUCUGGACCACAGUUUAUGUUGUUAUUCUGUGAAAUCACUUCAAAAUACUUCUAUAACUGCAUAUUUUCCUAAAAAAAUAACUGAUAAUUGAUUUUUAACAACUUUCUUACUGAGUGUUUCUUUUUUAUUUGCAUUCUUGUCAUUAAAUCACAGCCUGUGUGUCGUUAAAGUUUUAUACCUUUGAAGAUUUUGUUAACAGGAAACUAGAAGACGUCUCCAGAAGUCUGCAGCUCCCCCUACAGGUGAGCAGGUUUUACUGCAAUGCAAAUCAUUUUCUGGCAGCAGCUGGGUGCGGCAGGUCGUUUCCUGGCAACGAGGCGUUUUCCAGGAACUGUCACUCACCUUUCUGUACACAUGAGCUAGAAUUAGCGCUAUUUCUGCUGUCCUACAUGCUCAUAUACAGCUUUUUUAUGAAUUACAUCCAAAAAACUGAAAAAACGCUGA